AUGAUCCGUGCUCCUCAGUUUGAUGGGAUCAUCAAAGGGUUGCCCCGUAACCUGAACUUCUAUGGCGCUGACGAUCAAAAGAAUGCCGUUCCGUUGGACAUCUGCCAACGUCCUGGAACCAACACGACUGGAAAAGAAAUCGAGGUCUCGCUGAAUGCGUAUCCGAUUUCUAAGUUUCCUAGCAAGACCGUAUACCAAUACGAUGUAAGUAUAAUUCCGUUCCACAACCCCGGUGACGUCCUGACAUAUCUGACGCAUUUACAGGUCCAUAUCGGCAACGGCGCGGAGAAGCGUGCUGUCAUCCAGAAAGUAUGGAACUCGAACGCCAGGAAGUCAGUUCUUCGCCAGACCAUCUUCGAUGGUAACAAGCUCGCUUGGUCAUUGAACAAUUUUGAAAAUGGUUUGAAUGUGGUCGUCGAUCUUGACGCUGAGCAAGGUCGUCGCAAUAUCACUGGAAAGAACCAAUUCCGCUUGGUCGUCCGCCGCACCAAGACGGUCAACCUUUCCGUGUUGAGCGCCUGGCUCCGUGGCCAGACUUCCUAUAGUGAGGAUGUGAACGAGGCUUUGACUUUCUUCGAUCAUGUGCUCCGCGAAUAUCCAUCUACCAAGUUCGUGACCCAUAAGAGGUCCUUCAUUGAUCCCAAGGGCCAGAAGGAAGACCUUGGAAAUGGAGUUCUCGCCUUCAAGGGCGUCUACCAGGCGAUCCGCAUUACUCAUCCCGGGCGGCUGUGUGUCAACAUCGACGUCUCCAACACGUGCUACUGGGCACGUAUCUCUAUCAUGGGUGCUUGCAUUGGCAUGACCGAUUCCCGUGACAUUCAGCAGGUUAUGUGGAACCUGAAGCCCGUCCCGGAUGGCUACGGUGGCUUCACGGAAUCGGCAAUGUUCUAUGAAGUCCACAAGCGGCUGAACAAAUUGGUUGUCCGUCCCAACUAUAACGGCUGCCCUGUGUCUGAUCAGGACUUCGUUAUCAAGGGCCUGGUCAAUUCCAGUCCUCGAAUGUUCACAAUUGAUAUCAAGGACAAGGCUACUGGGACGACUAGACGGCUCACUGUACAGGCUUACUUCAAGGAGAAGUAUAACAUAGACCUGAGGUACCCAGACCUUCCGAUGGUCGAAAUGACCAAGAAGGAGGUCUAUUACCCAAUGGAAUUCUUGACCAUCCAGGGCCUCAACAAGUACCCGUACAAACUGAGCGAACAUCAAACAGCAAAGAUGAUCAAGUUUGCUGUUUCUCGUCCUGCCGAACGUUUGAAGUCCAUUGAGAAGUGCAAGGAAACCCUCGAUCAUUCUCACGACCCAGUCUUGCAGUCGUUUGGCCUCAAGGUCGAAGAAAACAUGAUACGCACGAAAGCCCGUCUUCUCCCCAACCCGGAGAUCCAGUUCGGUAACCAGAAACUCAAUCCUGGGACCAAUGGACGCUGGGAUCUGCGAGGAAAGAAGUUUCUCGAGCCGAAUAAGUGGCCUCUGACCGCGUGGGGCGUGGGAUACGUAUCCAACAACCGUCACCCGAUCAACCAGAGCCAAGUCGAAAGCUUCUGUGACAGUUUUAUGAAGAUAUACUCUGGUCACGGUGGCAAGGUGGCUAAUCGUCCUUGCAUUGUGGAACUCAAGGAAGAUGUGGCUGAAGCCGUUAAGAAGGUCUACACGGCCACUGGAAACAAGUUCCAGAAGGACCCUCAGCUGAUCAUUUUCAUUGUUCCUGACAAGAACUCCUUCACCUACCUUCGAAUCAAGAAGUCAAUGGACUGCCGCUGGGGGGCUCCUUCGCAGGUCCUCCAAUCGGAACAGGUUGUGAAGGGUAACCCUCAGUAUGUCUCCAACGUUUUGAUGAAAGUCAAUGCGAAGCUUGGAGGUACCACUGCUCGCGCGAUCUCCAAAAUGCCAGAUUGCGGCGUCCGCUCCGGCUCGAUGAUAAUCGGGGCUGACGUUUCACACUCAAGCCCUGGAAGCUGGGCACCUUCAAUGGCUGCUGUAUCUGUUUGUGCGGAUUCAUAUGGGGCUCGUUACUGGGGAGCGUGCGAUACGAACAUGGAGCGUGUCGAGAUGAUCGCUCAUUCCAACUUGCACACCAUGUUGAAACCUCUUAUUAGAGAAUGGAUUAUGACGGUCAACAAGGGCCGACUUCCAGAGCACGUCUAUUACUUCCGAGACGGCGUCUCAGAUGGUCAGUACCAGCAGGUGCUCAUGGAUGAGGUGCCGCAUAUCAAGGCGCUCCUUGGGGUGAUAGCUGAAGGUGCUUGGAAUGGGAAAUUCACAGUGGUUAUCUGCUCUAAGCGGCACCACAUUCGAGCAUUCCCUAGACCUAAUGACCGUAACGCUGCAGACAGGUUCGGCAAUCCUCUGCCAGGAACCUUGAUUGAACGGGAUAUAACCAGCCCAGACCACUGGGACUUUAUCCUGUACUCGCACAUCGCCCUGCAGGGUACUUCUCGCCCUGUUCACUAUCACGUCAUCCUGGAUGAGCUCAAACACAAGCCUCACCAGCUCCAGAAUAUGAUCUAUGAUCAUUGCUACCAGUACAUGAGGUCGACUACUUCUGUCUCACUUUUCCCCGCAGUGUACUAUGCGCAUCUAAUCUCAAACAGAGCGCGCCAUCACGAAAACGUUCCUGCCAGCUCGGGUCCUCAGAGCGGACCGCACAUCAAGCUGGACAACCCAAAGCCGAAGAAACCACAGCCGCUGGAGAAGCGCCUGCUUCCCAUGCACGCCAGUUCCAACAGGCUGGCUUUCGGGAUGUGGUACAUCUAG